AUGGCAUCCACGGCACUCAUCGACGCUGAUGCGCUGGAGCCCACGCUUCAAAACAUCCUGGACCAAAAGACACUGCGCUGGAUAUUCGUUGGUGGAAAGGGUGGUGUAGGCAAGACUACUACAUCGUGUUCCCUCGCCAUUCAGCUCGCAAAGCACCGCAAGUCCGUCCUCCUCAUCUCCACCGACCCCGCGCACAACUUGUCAGAUGCCUUCAACCAGAAGUUCGGCAAAGAUGCGCGACUCAUCAACGGCUUCGACAACCUCAGCGCCAUGGAGAUCGAUCCCAAUGGGAGUAUACAGGACCUGUUGGCGAGUGGGGCGGAAGAAGGCCAAGACCCGAUGGCGGGAUUGGGAGGUAUGGGCAGUAUGAUGCAGGAUCUCGCGUUUAGUAUCCCCGGUGUAGACGAAGCCAUGUCCUUUGCCGAAGUCCUCAAACAAGUCAAAUCCAUGUCCUACGAAGUCAUCAUCUUCGACACCGCGCCCACAGGCCACACGCUCCGCUUCCUGCAAUUCCCUACCGUCAUGGAGAAAGCACUAUCCAAGGUAUCUCAGCUGUCGCGCCAAUUUGGUCCCAUGCUGAACUCGUUCCUGGGUGCGAGUGGCCGCCUGCCCAACGGCCAAAACAUGGAUGAGCUGGUCGAGAAGUUGGAGGCUCUGCAGAAAACCAUUGGAGAGGUCAACGGACAAUUCAAAGACGCGGAUCUCACAACUUUUGUCUGCGUCUGCAUUCCAGAGUUCUUGAGCUUGUAUGAGACGGAGAGGAUGAUUCAGGAACUCAACAGCUACGAGAUUGACACACAUUCCAUUGUCGUCAAUCAACUUCUCUUCCCGAAGCAGGACAACCCGUGUGAGCAGUGCAAUGCUAGGAGGAAGAUGCAGAAGAAGUACCUCGACCAGAUUGAGGAGUUGUAUGAUGAGUUCAAUGUGGUCAAGAUGCCGCUAUUGGUGGAGGAAGUGCGAGGCAAGGAGAAACUAGAGAAAUUCAGCGAGAUGCUCGUCCAGCCUUUCGUCCCUCCGGCGUAG